CAGCUGACCGUAGUCUUUGUGACGUCACUCCACACGCCACAGCGGUGCUUCAUACCUCACAGUGUAGUGUUCCGUAUCGAGCCAUUCUCUCCUGUUGUGCAGAUCAGAACAGCACCAUGGCGCUCAGUGUGCAGCCUGUUCAGUGGACCCCUGACUACAAGGACAAAAAUUUCGAUGGCAUCCUUUUGGUAACCCAGAACUUUGAUAGCCUUCCCAGUGAGCUGGAUGGACUGAAAGAUCCUCUGCAGGAUUAUAGUGCUGUGGACAGCGCGCUGAAAGACGACGUGGUCAUCCUGAAGGUUGUGGGUUUGCCCGGAGACAGGCUGGUGUUCGCUCCUACAGGACCGCUCAACCGAGACUACGACGACAUCAGGCGCUUCAGCGACGCCGCCGAGAAAGGCAUCAAGAGGGCGAUGAAGGCGGGCAUGCAGCGCCCCCUGCUGGUGUGUCCUCCACAUAGCGCUCACAAGAAGAACACCUUAGUGGCACUCCUGGGAGCUUUACACGCUCUGUACCUGCCCUUGGAGCUGCGAGAGGUGAAGAAGUCUCCCCAUAAAGUGACAGUGCUGGGCGUGUGGGUGAAGGACAAAGCUCAGGGCGAGGACAUCACCAAGCUGGCCACGGCUCUGGAGAGCGGGAGGGUGGUGUAUCGGGACAUCGGGGGCUCUGAUCCAGAGCGUAUGGCUGCACCGCGCGUAGCCGAAUAUGUGCAGGAAGUGUUCAAGAACUCCAAUGUGCAGGUGAAGGUGGAGAGUGAUUCGAGGGUCCUGGAGAAGGAGUACCCGUGCCUGGGUGCGGUGAAUCGCUGUGCUAACGCUGUGCCACGUCAUCAGGCCCGAGUGAUUCACCUGAACUACUGUGGGGAAGGACCCAUUCAGCAGACGCUUAUGCUAGUGGGCAAGGGAAUCACCUAUGACACCGGUGGAGCCGACAUCAAGGCCGGAGGUUUCAUGGCUGGCAUGCACAGGGACAAGUGUGGCUCUGCUGUUGUAGCGGGCUUCUUCCAGAUCCUGGCCCUGCUCAAGCCCAAGCACCUGAAGGUUGUCGGCUCCAUGGCGAUGGUGCGCAACAGUGUCGGCUCAGACUGCUACGUGGCUGAUGAGCUGAUUGUAUCUCGAGCUGGACGCCGAGUGCGUGUUGGAAACACUGAUGCUGAGGGACGCAUGGUUAUGGUGGACCUGCUCUGUGAGAUGAAAGAAAAGGCGGUAAACGAGGUCUCUCCACAUCUCUUCACCAUCGCCACACUGACCGGUCACGCCAUCAGAGCCAUGGGACCCAAUUACUCUAUCAUUAUGGACAAUGGAGCUGCACAUCGGGAAGACAACGCCUUGAAGUGGCAGAAAGCGGGUGAGGUACUGGGCGACAUGUUCGAAGUGUCCACUAUCCGCAGAGACGAUUACGAGUUCCACAAAGGGAAGUCCGAGUACGAGGACAUCCUCCAGUGUAACAACCUGCCUUCGUCUGCCACGCCCCGCGGACACCAGACUCCUGCAGCCUUCCUCAUCAUGACCUCUGGCCUGGACCAGCAUGGUGUGGACUCUGCCAAGCCCCUCCCCUACUCCCAUAUCGACAUCGCUGGUUCCAGCGGUCCUUUCCCGGGAGUCCCCACUGGAGCUCCUCUUCUCGCCAUGGCAACCAAAUACAUCCUCCAGAACUGACGGUGCCUUUUGUCCUUACCGUCUCUGUCCAUCUAAUCCACCGUCACCAUUUAUCCUGUGGAACUUUUUUUUCCCCUCUCUCUCUCUGAUUUCUGAAUCCUCUCUUUGACUCACAUCAUACUGACACUCAAACAGCGAGAAACUGACUUACAGUGAUUAAAUUUUUUUUUU